GUAUUUGUUAUUGGGACACACCUCGAUAGCGACAGAUUAACAAACUUUCUGAAACCAUUUUUGCUCCUCACCUUUCUCUUUUAGAGUAGACCAUAGGAAAAUGUCUGACCGAAAAGCAGUUAUAAAAAAUGCAGACAUGUCUGAGGACAUGCAGCAAGAUGCUGUAGAGAUUGCAACUCAAGCCAUGGAGAAAUUUAACAUUGAAAAGGACAUUGCUGCCUAUAUAAAGAAAGAGUUUGACAAGAAGUACAACCCAACCUGGCACUGCAUUGUAGGAAGAAACUUUGGUUCUUAUGUGACACACGAGACGAAAAACUUCAUUUACUUUUAUCUCGGGCAAGUUGCCAUACUUCUAUUCAAGUCUGGAUGAGAGAGGCCAAGAUGACUGCAGCAUACACACAAAUGCACGGACAUUGUACUAACUAUUAUACCAGAAAUGUAGAUGAUUAUUAAUGUUAGAUAUUUUAUUUCAUUAAAAAAAACUUAAUUUUGUCCAAGCUUUA